GCCCCUCCCGCGCGGCGCAAACAUGGCGGCGGCUGGCACCGGCCGGUAAGGCGGUGCCGGGAGGAGGCUGUCGGGUGUCAUGGGCCGUGGCGGCGGCACCGCCCCCGCGUCUCCCUGAGCGGGACGGUAAGGGGGCCUCCGCGCCGAGCCGGGCGAUGGACGAGAGCGGCGAGCUGGGCGGUCUGGAGACCAUGGAGACGCUCACAGAGCUGGGCGACGAGCUGACCCUGGGGGACAUCGACGAGAUGCUGCAGUUUGUCAGCAAUCAAGUCGGAGAGUUCCCUGACUUAUUCUCAGAGCAGUUGUGUAGCUCCUUCCCCAGCGGCGGCGGGGGCGGAGGCAGCGGUGGUGGCAGCGGCGGCGGCGGCAGCAGCAAUGGCGGGGGCGGAGCAGGGGACCCGUCGAUGCAGCAGCGGUCCUUCAGCCAGGUCCCUUUACCUGCCUUCUCUCCCUCGGCCGCCUCCCCCCAGGCUCCAGCCCUGCAGGUCAAAGUUCCCCCCACCACGGUGCCCACCCCCCCGCGGGCAACUCCUGUUCUUCAGCCCCGCCCCCAGCCCCAGCCCCCGGCCCAGCUGCAGCAGCAGACGGUGAUGAUCACACCGACGUUCAGCACUGCUCCGCCUACGAGGAUCAUCCAGCAGCCUCUGAUAUACCAGAACGCCGCCACCAGCUUUCAAGUCCUUCAGCCUCAAGUCCAAAGCCUAGUGACAUCCUCCCAGGUGCAGCCCGUCACCAUCCAGCAGCAGGUGCAGACGGUGCAGGCCCAGCGGGUGCUGACACAGACGGCCAAUGGCACGCUGCAGACCCUCGCCCCGGCCACGGUGCAGACAGUUGCCGCCCCCCAGGUGCAGCAGGUCCCGGUCCUGGUACAGCCUCAGAUCAUCAAGACAGAUUCCCUUGUUUUGACCACACUAAAGACAGAUGGCAGCCCUGUCAUGGCCGCAGUCCAGAACCCAGCCCUCACCGCCCUCACCACCCCCAUCCAGACAGCUGCCCUUCAAGUACCAACUCUGGUGGGCAGCAAUGGGACCAUUUUGACCACAAUGCCUGUGAUGAUGGGGCAAGAGAAAGUGCCCAUUAAACAGGUACCUGGGGGCGUCAAGCAGCUGGAGCCCCCCAAAGAAGGAGAAAGGCGGACCACACACAACAUCAUCGAGAAGCGGUAUCGCUCCUCUAUCAAUGACAAAAUCAUCGAGUUGAAGGACCUGGUCAUGGGCACAGAUGCCAAGAUGCACAAGUCUGGCGUCCUGAGGAAGGCCAUCGACUACAUCAAAUACUUGCAGCAGGUCAAUCAUAAACUGCGCCAGGAGAACAUGGUGCUGAAGCUGGCAAAUCAGAAAAACAAGCUCCUGAAGGGCAUCGACCUAGGCAGCCUGGUGGACAAUGACGUGGAGCUAAAGAUCGAUGACUUUAAUCAGAAUGUCCUUCUGAUGUCCCCUCCGGCCUCUGACUCAGGGUCCCAGGCUGGCUUCUCCCCCUACUCCAUUGACUCUGAACCAGGAAGCCCUUUGUUGGAUGAUGCAAAGGUCAAAGAUGAGCCGGACUCUCCGCCCGUAGCGCUGGGCAUGGUGGACCGCUCUCGAAUUCUACUGUGUGUCCUCACCUUUCUCUGCCUCUCCUUUAACCCCCUGACUGCCCUGCUGCAGUGGGGAGGGGCCCACAGCUCUGACCAGCACCCAUACUCAGGCUCUGGCCGCAGCAUCCUUUCGCUUGAGUCAGGUUCUGGGGGCUGGUUUGACUGGAUGAUGCCAACGCUCCUCUUAUGGCUGGUAAAUGGCGUGAUUGUCCUGAGCGUCUUUGUGAAGCUGCUGGUCCACGGGGAGCCAGUGAUCCGGCCGCAUUCACGCUCCUCAGUCACCUUCUGGAGACACCGGAAGCAGGCAGAUCUGGACCUUGCCAGGGGGGAUUUUGCGGCUGCUGCAGCCAACCUACAGACCUGUCUGUCGGUGUUGGGCCGGGCCCUGCCCACCUCCCGCCUGGACCUAGCCUGCAGCCUCUCCUGGAAUGUGAUUCGCUACAGCCUGCAGAAGCUGCGCCUGGUGCGUUGGCUGCUCAAGAAGGUCUUCCAGCGCCGGCGGGCCGCCCUGGCCACCGCAGCAGGCUUCGAGGACGAAGCCAAGGCCAGCGCUCGGGACGCGGCCCUGGCCUAUCACAGGCUGCACCAGCUGCACAUCACAGGAAAGCUUCCUGCGGGAUCUGCUUGUUCCGACGUACACAUGGCUUUGUGCGCCGUGAACCUGGCUGAAUGCGCAGAAGAGAAAAUCCCACCAAGCACAUUGGUUGAGAUCCAUCUGACUGCCGCCAUGGGGCUCAAGACCCGGUGUGGGGGCAAGCUAGGCUUCCUGGCGAGCUACUUCCUCAGUAGAGCCCAGAACCUGUGUGGCCCUGAGCGCAGCGCCGUCCCUGACUCACUGCGCUGGCUGUGCCACCCCCUGGGCCAGAAGUUUUUCAUGGAGCGGAGCUGGUCGGUGAAGUCAGCUGCCAAGGAGAGUCUGUACUGUGCUCAGAGGAACCCAGCUGACCCCAUUGCCCAGGUCCACCAGGCCUUCUGCAAGAACCUGCUGGAGCGAGCUGUGGAAUCACUGGUGAAGCCUCAGGCCAAGAAGAAGGCUGGAGACCAGGACGAAGAGAGCUGUGAAUUCUCUAAUGCUCUGGAGUACCUGAAAUUACUUAAUUCUUUUGUGGACUCUGUGGGAAUUGUGACCCCACCCUUCUCCAGCAGCUCUGUGCUCAAGUCAGCCCUUGGUCCAGAUGUCAUCUGUCGAUGGUGGACGUCCGCCAUCACUGUGGCCAUCAGCUGGCUCCAGGGAGACGACGCGGCUGUACGCGCUCAUUUUACUGAAGUAGAGCGUGUCCCCAAAGCCCUGGAAGUGACAGAGAGCCCCCUGGUGAAGGCCGUCUUCCACACCUGCAGAGCCAUGCACACCUCACUGUCUGGGAAGGCGGAUGGGCAGCAGAGUUCCUUCUGCCACUGUGAGAGGGCCAGCGGCCACCUCUGGAGCAGCCUCAACGUUAGCGGGGCCACCUGCGACCUCACCCUCAACCACGUGGUCCAGCUGCUGACCUGUGACCUGCUACUGUCACUGAGGACAGCCCUCUGGCAGAAGCAGGCGGGAGCCAGCCAGGCCCUGGGCGAGACGUACCACGCAUCGGGCGCUGAACUGGCCGGCUUCCAGCGGGACCUGGGCAGCCUGCGCCGGCUGGCACACAACUUCCGCCCGGCGUACCGCAAGGUGUUCCUGCAUGAAGCCACCGUGCGUCUGAUGGCGGGAGCCAGCCCCACCCGCACGCACCAGCUGCUGGAGCACAGCCUGCGCCGACGAACCGCUCAGAACACCAAGCACGGUGAGUCUCCCUGCACCCCCAGCAGGAGUUGUGUGAGGCUGUGUAGUGUGACCGCUGUGAUGACUAGCCAGGUGGCUGCGUGGCUUGGCUUCUGGGGGGUGGCCCUGGACCAAGCUGGCCAAGUGGCCUGCAAGCCAGGUGCCGGCUCAGGGCCAGAUUAUGUCAAUGAGGAUCAGCCGGGCUACCAACUCAAGAUGUAG